CUCCUCGUCCUCUGCUUCCUUCCUUCCUUUCCCCUUUCUCUCUCUUUAUAUUCCUCUCACUCUCUCACAUUGCUCAACGCUCACUCCCCAUAUUCCCUCAACACCCCCACACCAUCCCAAACUCUGAUCCAUCCGAACUAGAAGAUGAUGACGAUUCAAUGUGAUUCUUCCGCUCCCUCUCUCAGGCACCGCCACCUCUGCUGCUUCAGCGCCGGAGGAGACGAAAGCUCCCCGACCGGCUGCUCGUGGCUCCGGUCGAAGGCUCAGAACCUGCCGGAGAUCCGCGACCGGUGCCGUCGACUGAUCGGGCGGUCCCAUAGGAAGGCCGGACACGGUUCGCCGGAGUUCAGGUAUGAUCCGCUGAGUUACGCCCUGAACUUCGAGGACAGUUGGAACAGGGAAGAUCAGGACGAGGAGUCUCCUCGUAGCAAUUUCCUGGCUCGGUUGCCGGCGACACCGGACAGGCGGAAGCAGGCAAUGCUUGCGGCGGCACCUGGACUGGUGUAAACCUCUGUCAAUGAAAUGACUGAUUAGGAUUUGUAUGUAUGUAAUGUAAAUAUCGCCACUUGGUGUGCCGCAUUUUCUACGGGGUUGUCUCCAUCCGUAUAUGAUUUUUCAAGCACAUUGGGGCACCUAAAUGUAUAUAUUUGUAUUGUUUUAUUUAUGAUCAAUGAAGCCUAAAGUCAUUUUAAUCGUG